UAGGUUGAAUAGGAAAUGGUUAGCAGAACGGGUAAGCAGUAUGGAAGCAAGGCUAUAAAACCGAUCGGAAGUGCGGAAAAAAGCUUAGUUUUGGUCAGAUUACCAUUCCAUGCAGUGCAGGUGUCGGAACGAGGUGUCGGAGACGCUGAAGUAUACAGUGCAUACGGUGUUGAAAUCAGUGCAUCAGCUUUCUUCAAUCAACUGUAUAUCAAAUCGUAUCGUCAAAUUUACGCCACCAAGGAAAUAUCUCGAGAUAUGGCGAUAUUGACGGUAACGAUUGCAGCUUUGCUCGUAAUGACAUCAGCUGAAAGUAUCGAACGUCGUCGUCCUUUUCAUCGCCGUGGUUCUACAACUACGACCAGCUAUCCCUUGACAAUUGACAACGAAGGGUCAGAGAGCAACUUCAAACUUCGCGGAAAAGAUCCAUUUUCAGCAAAGGAUUCAACUCCAGUAACGAAAAUUAUCGGUGAUAGUUCUUCUGGGAAUUUUAAAUUAGAAGGCAAUAAAUUAACGUCGUUCUCCGAGUACACAUUUGGUAGCAGUAAACAAACCUAUAGUGGUCCAGAUGGUAACAUUUCAGAUGGAUCUAUAUCCGAUGAAGACAAGAACUUCAGCAGCUUCAAAAAUCAUAAAAAGAUAUCAUUGCUUCCUACGACGAACGCUAGCAGUAAAGAUCGGAAACCAAACAGUGGAGCAUUUGAUUUUCUGAAUGGUGAUUUCGUAAAACCUAAAGUGACAGCUGGUAAAGCACACAUGCUAGAAGCAACCUCAAUAGCCGCUCAAGUUGGCAAGACAAAAACUUCAUCUGCAAUCUCUAGCAAGUUUUCAAUUUCACAUCCCUCGCCUAGUAGUAACAAGGCAUCUGUCAAACUGGCCCACUUAGAUGAUUCUGCCGUAUAUGAGGUGUAUGCCAGUCUUGACCACUCUUCAGGAAAGACCAAAUUUGGCACAUCUCCUACUUCUUCGGCAACUACAGGCUCAUAUAGUUUCGAAGGCAAUAUUAAGAAAGUACCUCUAAAAUAUGAAGAGGGUGUUACUGGAGGAGUUGCUGGGAAUGGCAGACAGAAAUCAAAAUUGUCAACAGACACUUUUGGUAGCGGUUCACUUGUAUCUGCGAGUAAUUUCCAUUCAAGUCUUGGGAGUUUCGACAGUGACAAUUACAGUACGGGAAAGAAGCAGCAGCAAAGUAUUUCAAACUCACCUAUUAACAAGUACAACUUUGCUGAACCGCCAUCAUUGGUCAAGUCAACUUUAAAUACUCUCAAACACUUUGGCGCAGGAUUAAUAGGUAAUGAUAAAGGGGCUGUCCGUGUUCGAUACGAUCUGGAAAACAAAGAUAACUAUAAAAUUGGAUCCAAUUUUGGAAAGGGUCGCUAUGAAACUGACGAAAACUAUGAAAAUUCGGAAGAACCAGCACAUAGUAAAGGAAAGUUUUCCGGGAGUGCUGGGUCAGUCAGUGUCGGAGCAGUGGAAUUGAGAAGCAAGUUUGCCUCAGAUUUCGACGUAAAAAAUAUUAAACUAGUUAACGACGGUGUCGGAUUCAGUAAUAUUGGCCACACACUUUCUGGCUCACUGAAAAACCACAUUUCCCCACAUUAUAAACAUUCCCAGUCAAUACUUAACAUGCAACAUCAUCAACAAAAGCAAACACAUCAUCAGUCGGCACAGUCACUUGCACAACUACACACAAAUACACUCGGCAAUACUGGUAGCCUAGACAAUCCUAAGCCACUCGACUUCCGACCAAAAUUUAAAUUACAAGAUGUCCCUAAUUUAUAUCCCGCCGACCAUCUAGGUGCUGGAAUAGAAGCUAAGGGCCAGAUUGAGAACUUGCUGAACGCUGAGCAUGCACCGAAGGACGAGUCUCUAGUGACACAGCUACUUGGUGACGGUAGUCCAACCAGUCGACCUCAUUACCAUCACUUUUUGAAGUCUCAGGAGGAUAACAAACUGGAGAAAGAGGCUCUACGACAGCAGAUUGAAUUUCUAAAGGCCCAGGCAGCAAAACGACCCGUCGAUCACAGUAAUUUUAACCAGCCGGCGAUUGUUUCAAACGCGCAGAAAUUUCGACCGCUUCAUCGCAUUCCUUCUCACGUUCGACUUGGCGUAAAAGCUCCUUAUCCACUUCCACGUAUUCCACAUUACAAUGAUCGUCCGUAUAGCAUCAGUUUCAAAAUAUAAAUCUGACUCACAACUGGCGUAAUGGUAAUGGUAUUGCCAGAGGUAUUUGUUGUUUUAACUCUCCAACUCUUAUUCCCCUCUACUCCUAAGAUUGCGAACAUUUAUUAAAAUGUGUUACAUUUCUUGGUAAAUUAUUAUGUUCAUAUUAUUUAUUAUAUCGUUGGAUACAAAGUAAUAAAAAGUAAAUAGUAUUCAGAACAGUUUGCUAAGCAGCACGCAA